CUAAAGAGGAUGCUCCAUACAAGCGAAGAUAAUGUCUGAUGUUAGAAGGUUCUGCACUGAUCUUACUCGUCUUCCAUCCCCUGUUUACAAACCAAUAAAUACAAAUCAAGGAGUUUAUGCAAGAGCAGUUCUUAAGGAAAAUGCCAAAUUUAUGCUUGUCAUGGAGAAUGGCUCCAAGGAAGGCAAGGAUCAGAAUAUAAAGCGUGCAUUUUCUGCACAACCUGGUAAGCAUCGAGGAGUACGUCCAAUGCACAUGAGCACCCUUUGUUUGGAACAUGAUAAUCCACCUCUUGCUGAGGUACCCUCUUACAGCAGACAUUUUAACAGCAAGAAGGGACUACGCCCAGCUGCCAGAUCGAGCCAGUAUCCUUCACAGUUUAUCAGCCAGAUAUCGUUGGAACACAGUCCUAAAGGUAAGAUAGAGUGCUCGGAGAACACAACCAACAAAUCUACUUUCCAGCAUUGGCCGGAGCCACAUGUCCGGAGUUGCUCAAGAGAGAGGAACAAGGAGAAUAUGAGGAGUGGAGUGGAUGGAGCAGAGGUUGUUUAUGAAACUCUCUUUCCCACAAUGUACUCCAGCACCUACGAUAAGAGCUUUCAUCAGUAGCUUGUUGUUUAGUCACGUGAUCCCCCGGCUCACGUGAUCUCUCCUGAUGAAUAGGACUGUUGAACGGGUAUUGGGGAAAUAGGCUAAAAUUUGUAACGGGACUGUUUUAAAAUUAGGAUGUAGCUUUCAACCAAAAUUGUUGUAUUUUGUAAAAUCUGGAGCUCUAUAAUAAUAUUGCUUUUUUCAGUGAGAUGCUGUUAUAACCCACAUUUAGUCACAACAUUAUAACAUUCCCACUUUUAGUACGAGUCAAUAUGAUUACAGGAUCUCAUCUAAUAUGAGC